UUAUUGCAAUGUAUAUUCGAAGUUUCUAAUUGUGUUUUCAUAAACAAUACCAUCAUAUUUUAGAAAAUGAAAGGCGUAAUUACCGUGUGAUCGUCAUUACUCAGACGGUAUUAAGAUUAGAUAAUACAAUACUUAAAUGUAAUUAAUUAACAAAACUUUCAAAUAAAAAAAAACCCUCAAUUAUUUUGCAGGAAAAAUGAAGGUUCUUCUUACACUAGCUUUUGUGGCAAUAGCCACUGCGAUCCCAAUGCCAGAGCCGAUACGGCUGCAGGAUGCCCAACAGCCGAUAGGCAUCAGCACCCUGCCUUUGUUUAUACCCGCUGAGUUAGCCGAAGCAUUCAAUAAGGAUCUUGAACUGAAUCCACCUAUCAACAGCAUGAUCGAACCUAUUGUUUUGAUCGAAGCUCCUCAACCCGAAGUUUAUGAUGAUGUCGUCGUCGUCUUAGAAGAAACUAACCCCGCUGAAGAAACCGUCCCUACUGCUGUCAAAUUCGUAGAUUCCCCAGUUGCAGAGGAAGUUGCCCCUUCCGCUGAGGAUUCUCCAGUUGCAGAGGAGGUUGCUCCUACUGCUGUCAGAUUCGUAGAUUCUCCAGUUGAAGAAGUUGCCCCUACCGCUGUCCGUUUUGUAGAUUCCCCAGUUGAAGAAGAAGUAGCCCCUAUUCGAUUCGUAGAUUCCCCAGUCGAAGAGGAAAUCUCACCUUCCGGUUUCGAAUACGCCAAAGUCUCAUAUGAAGAUAUUGAGCCGACGGCUGUCCGAUUUGUCGAUAAUCCAGUUGAAGAAAGCGACGCUGCAGUCGAGCUAGCUGAAAGUGCAAUUGGAGAAAUAGCCCCCACCCCAGUCCGGUUCGUCGAUGCUCCUAUUGAGGAAAAAGCCGUUCCCAGCCCUAUCAAAAUAGCUAACAUUGCAGAUAUCGUGAAAGAUUCAGUAGUAGUUCUAUCCGAAGAUGAUGCAUUAGAAUCCUAUGAUGGACCUCAGUACCCACAUUUCAAAUACGAUAAUGAUUUAUUACGUUAAAGAAAAGAAGCACUUUUCUAAAUUAUAUGUAUAUAUAGCUUAAGUAAUAUACAAAUAAAAUCUUCAAAACUAUAAAUUUCAAGUCUUCUUUACAGAAUUACUGUACCAAAUUUCAAUUGUGAAAUAAAUAUUUUCACACUGAUUUACUUUUUUUAAUGUUACAAAAAUAUAAUAUAAUUAAUAGAGUGAAGUAGAUACUAUGUUGCAAUUAAUCAUCCAAU